AAUGAAUUGUAGGAAUGACCCAAAUCCUAGUCUUGUGAUGUAACACAACCUAAACGCUUCACCAAUCGCUUUCAUGGAAAUAGUAUUCUCGCACGGCAUUGGCCAAAUUGUACUCAACCUGAAAAGAAGGGCAAAUCUAAUUGGUCACUUUGCCGUUCACGGAAACAAAAAUGACUUGUUUUAGGUGAUCUCUGCGCAAUGGCGGAGGUCAGACACCGGUUCGGGAGAGAAGCUUACAAGCGUUUAAAACGGCAUAAUCUCCCGCUUUUGGGUAAAGACUAUAAACCCGUCUCACAGGCAGCUUUAACUCUGUGUGUGAAUGACCGUUUUCGCGCUGUUAAAGGACUGUGUGAAGCCAGCCCGGUAGUUCUGGAGACUGCAGAAGAGAAUGUAAACAGACUCUUUACCCACUUCACGGGUGAUAGUGGAGAUACACAUAGCAUGAAAGUACUGUUCAACCUCUGCUCUGGAAAUAUUAGUAAACGGAAUGCCUGUCAUGGAUUGAAGUCAGUGCACGUGCCGUCCUGGAAGAGCUCGAGUUGGGGUGCACAUGGAAAACUUCAUAAAAAGACUCUCUGUGGAAUUGUAAAUUCUCAGUUUGUGUAUUUCACCAGAGCUUACAGUGCCUCGCAAAAUAACGGCAGUCGAGCUGGGCCACUAUACAAAUCAAAGUCUGGUUAUUAUGAUGUUUUGGGAGUCUCUCCAACAGCUACGCAAGCUCAAAUCAAGACUGCUUACUAUAAACAGUCCUUUAUAUAUCACCCGGACAAGAAUGCAGGGAGCGAGGAGGCCACGUUCAUGUUCUCUCAGAUCAGUGAGGCGUACCACGUCCUGGGUAAUAAAUCUCUGAGGAGGAAAUACAAUCGAGGGAUCCUGAGUCAAGCUGACCUGCUGGGAUCCAGUAAACCCACUGGUCGAGAGAGUCCAGCAUCAGGACAGCAGACCAGAGCCCGGCACUCCCCCUCUGUUGGAGCCACCCAGCAAAACAUCUACGACUUUGAUACCUUCAUCAGAUCACACUAUGGAGAACAACUUCAGAGAGAGAAGCAGCUCCGGCAGCGCAGAGAAGAGAUGCUCAGGAAGAAGAAGGAGCACUUAGAAGAUGUGAAACUGGGCAGGUUGAAGGAGAUCACAGUGGGGGUUAUGCUGGCUAUGGCAAUGGCAAUCUUGAUUAGCCUAAAGUCUAGCAAGUGAUACGGGAUACUUGAAGCAUAUCUCACAAAUUUUAACAGCCACCUCACAAAUAUAUGGUUCUUAUAUUUAUUUUAUUUUUUUUAAACUUUUUUUUUAACAUACGGACAGUUGCAACAACCCCCUCAAAGUUAAUAUUAUGGCAAGAUAUCCACUAAAAUAUCCACAUAUGAUAUGAUAAUUGUGCCAUUGUAGCUAUAUUGUGCUCUAUCUCAUGUUAAACUGUAUUCAAAGUCUAAGGAUUAAUAAACACUUGUACUUUAUUUUGCAUAAGUGUCCUUGGUAAAAAAUGUACAUGUCUGGCUUCACUUCACAAUAACGGUCAAGUAUUGUAUUCAAAUACACGUCUGUGACGUGACAAUUAAAGGUGUAACUAAAUCACUUGGAAGAAUGAUGGAAAGUUCUGGAGUUGGCUAAUUGUUAAGGACGUCGACUGCUAAUGCAAACUGUUCAAUCUCACAUUGGGAUGCUGAAAUUACAACAAUGCAAUUUAAGUAAGCCUUCUGGUUAUUUAAAUAGAUGAAGGAAUAUUUUGCUAUUCUGUGGGUGUAGAAAGAGAAAAAAAAUAAAUGAUUCAAAAAUAUUUCAGCAACUGUCUUCGGUCAUUGAUUGUAUGGAAGUGUGGUGUUUCUAGUAAAUGUUUAUUUUUGAGACUUUUGUGUUGUAGUUUCAUCUGAGUGCUUAAAGACACAUCCCCAUAUUAGAUACACAUGUGCAUAUUAUAUAACUGUUGUAGGCAUAAAACAUUUAGACAUGUAGAUUGGGCUGCUGGAACAUGGGUUUAAAAUUUCUGACAUCAGAAAUACUCAAAAAAUGCAGAGUACAGUGAUAAUGUGUUUGUACAAAAGAUAUUUACUUCAGUUAAUACACCUAUGGUGGUUAUGAGGAAUAAUAAUAAUAUAAUGAAUUUCAAACAGUGAUAUUGCUUUUUUUCAUUUUGGAUUAGAACAGCGCUGGGAACAGAAUACAAGACUACAUGAUGAUACACAAAGGAAAAAAACCAACCGAACUAAAUACAUAUCAAGAGAACAAAGUGGAAGAGUUUUAUUCAGGUAAAAUGGAGGAUUCAGCUCCAUCUUGUGGUUCAAAACCAUGACACAUAGAAAAAUAAACCAUACAACUGUCGUUAGCAGGUGUAAGAGGGAAAGUGUCACCAACAAACUAAUGGACAAAAGGACUGUGCUAAACCGAGGUUCUACCUGAGCUUUGAGAGACCUAAGGAGAAUCUAUAGGAUACCAGCUUGUGUUGGGAGCUGCCUGUCAUAUUUCAUUACAAGGCUUCAUAUUACCCAUAUUACAGCAUACAGAGCAACAACCGAGAGAAAGAGAAAAAGAGAGAGAUCUGAUGUCGUGAUCAUCAAGACAUCCCAUUUCCAUAGAUUGUUGGUCGAAAUGAGUCAUGAUAACUAGGUUAAAUUGUUGCUCUCGCUGAGACAGAUGUAUAAUCGUCGUGCUCGCCUCACAUGUAACACAAUUA